AUGGCUCCGAAACACAAGGACGGCGACGUUGUCGCGGUGAUUCCUGGCCAGUACAUAUCAUGGUUGCAUACCAUAGUGGCCUAUGCUGCUUUCCUGGGAGCUCUUGUGGUUGGAAUUGCACUUCAUUAUGAGAAGAUCGUCCAGAAUGAGCAUUUCGGCUACCCUAUCGAGUGGUUCCCCUCAGUCUCUGCCACGAUUGGCGACCGAUACCCCGAACGUUCCGUCUUCCAACUCUUCAUCGCAGUCACGUCUGGCCCUCGUUUCCUUCUCGUCGCCUUGUGGUACGUCUUGACAGCAAGACCCGGCCAAACACUCCCCAAGUUCAUCCUGGGUGUUGGUAUCUUCAGAACCUUCACCUGUGGAGGAUGGACCUACGUCACCUCUACAGACGACCAUGACUGGCACGACAUCUUCAUGAUCUCUUACCUCGUCGCUACUCUGCCCUGGACCAUCGGCUGCAUCGCCCUGAGCCCAAACAAUCCCAAGGCCAUCUACUACCGCAAGGUCUUUGGUGGUGCCUUCUUCGCCACCCUUGUGCCUCUCGUCUACUUCUUCAUCCAGCACAAGGUCCACAAGGUCCCUGGUGCAUACACAAUCUAUGCAUUCUUCGAGUGGGCUCUUGUCCUUCUGGACGUUGCCUUUGACGCCGUCACUGCACUCGACUUUUCCAGCCUCGAAUUGGUUGUCAAGGACACCAAGGGCACCAGCAAAGGCAACACUCAAAGAGUGGCCGAUAAGCUCACUGAGACGGAGAAAGACAAGCCUGUUGGUCAGCUCUUUGCUGCUUCCUACUCAAAGGGUGACAUGCUUGAUGCUCUGGCUGAUGUCUACCUUGGCUUCACCUUCUGGUCCGUCUUGACUGGUUUAGGCUUGUUGAUCUGGUACUUCCCUCUCUGGCAUAUGGGCAUCUCUGGCUAUGAGGCCUUCGUCAUGGCCCCUAUCUCACCCUUCCUACUUGGUAUUGGUUCCAUCCGCAGAACCGUUGUUCACAACAUCUGCCUCGUUCACUUCCUCUCACUCUCAGGUCUUGUCGCAUUCCUGAUCCCCACACCCGAGUACCGCCUGUUCGCUGUUGGUUUCUCCAUCUUCAUGUCAGCUCUCGCAUGGUCUGCUACCUGGUGGUCAGAGCGUGCUCAACCUGCCCGUCUUGAGUCUCGCAUCUCUGCCUUCUCCCUUGGUCUGCUGACCUCGAGUGUCGCAAAGUAUGCUUGUCAGACCAACAACCCUAUCUGGCCCGCUGUGCAUGCUGAGAAUGGUGGUUGGAACUACACUGGCCUUGUUCUGGCCAUUGUCGCCAUCUUGAGAGUCACGCGUAAGCCGCUUGAUCCUCGUGGUGAUGUGCCUGGCUACAAAGCCGUAUCUGGUUCCUCGUUCCCUGCCGCUCUUGGUUUCGCCGGUCUCAUGUUCGGUAUGCACUCGCUUCUCUCGGACUCGAGUACCAUGAUCUCCUGGGUAUGGGAGGGCUUCCCCAUUCGUGGUCCUAUUGCUGUACCUCACGGCAACUACACCUUCCUCGCCAUGGGUCUUGGUCUGCUCAUUGGCCUCUACUAUCCUGUCUUUGCUCGCAGCUGGACUUUCUAUGGUAUCGGUUCUCUUGGUGCCGCUUUCUUGACAGCCUUUUCUCAUUGGUCUGGCUUUUACGGUGGACUGGCUCUUGCCACCUACCUCAUGGCCGCUGCCCCUGUCCUGAUCGGCAACGCUGCUCGCUACCCUCCUGGCCGCACUUUCUUCCUUGGUUUCCUCUUCUACAACAUUCUGGUUCUCGCUCACGUCUGGGUCGUCGCAUAUGCCUUUGUGCCUGGUGGUCCUCUCAUGCGUGAGCACACCGACUGGGUUAUGACAGCUAUGAUGUUGUUCAUUGGCUGCGGUAUCUUCUCUGCUACCACUUCCGAGACUAAACGAUCCAAGUCUGCACCCGCCAACCCUUACGCCCGCAAGCAGCGUUCAUACUACAUCUAUAUCCUGAUUAGUCUUCAGCUUCUCGGUGCCUCCAUCUCAUACCUCCGCUUCCCUACUUACGACUACACUCCUUACCACGCACCCGAGAAGAGUGUCACUGCCGGUAUCUGGACUACUCACUUUGGUCUUGACAAUCCCAUGUGGACAUCUGAGCGUCGUAUCGGCGCUCUCGUCAAGGAGAUGGAGCUCGAUGUCCUGGGUCUGCUCGAGUCAGACACUCAACGCAUUAUCAUGGGUAACCGCGAUAGUACGCAGUACCUUGCCGAAGAGUUGGGCAUGUACGUCGAUUAUGGUCCGGGACCUAACAAGCACACUUGGGGUUGUGCUCUGCUCUCCAAAUUCCCAAUCGUCAACUCUACUCACCAUCUGCUUCCUUCGCCAGUCGGCGAACUCGCUCCUGCUAUCCAUGCUACUCUCGACGCUUAUGGCGAGAUGAUCGACGUCUUCGUCUUCCACUCCGGUCAAGAAGAAGAUCCCGAGGACAGACGUUUGCAAUCUGAGUAUUUGGCUGACCUUAUGGGAUCCACCCCUCGUCCCGCCAUUCUGCUCUCCUACCUCGUCACCAAGACUGGUCAAGGCAAUUACAACACAUACGUCUCUGAGCGCAGUGGUAUGAGAGAUAUUGAUCCCUCCGACGACUGGGACAGAUGGUGCGAGUACAUUCUGUACAAGGGUUUGAGAAGAUCUGGUUACGCUAGAGUGUCUAGAGGCACUAUUACCGAUACCGAACUUCAGGUUGGCAAAUUCGUUGUUGGUCAGCCUGAAGGCGGCAAUGAGCAAAUCUCGGAAACCGAGGUUCCAGAGGGUCUUCGCUUCCCUGCCAUGUUCAGAGGUGAAGGUAUUAGAGGACACAGAUACCAUGUCUUUGACGAGCCCAGAUACUACGCCUGA